AUGGCUCGAACCAAGCAAGUUGCUCGCAAAUCCAUAGGAGGACGAGCGCCCAGAAAACAACUCUCCGGCAAAGCCUACUUCAUAGACACAUUUCAAGAUCAUGCUCAGAAGCCUUAUACAGUCGUUGGAGGCCCAACUUUUUCAAUGAACCCGGACAUCAUCCGAAAGUUGAGUAUACAUCUCUAUUUCCUCAGCGAUGUAGACGCCGAACAACGAGCAGAAAUCGGAAACAGCCUUCUCCGGUCUGAUGCCAUUGAAGGAUGGGGAAAUGCAAGAAACUACUGGCCGCGAGUAGACGUGUACACACCCUUGGGUAGUAUUGAGGAAUGUAUGGAGCAUCACAGACGCGAAAAGAUUUAUCGACGCCAGGCUGUCGAGGAGUUGCAUGCUACUGUCGCUGCCGAUGCUAAAGAUCAGUGUGGGCCCGAAAUGGAUGAUGACGAUCGCGAAGAAGCGGCACAAGAAGCAAUAUUGGCAUUAAGAGGUUUGGAGAUUUAUCCACACAUUGUCCCCACCUGGUGCGUCUCUUCGAGAUGUUGGAUUGAUCGUGGUGGCUGGGAUUUAAGGGUGCGCUAUCAAAGUUGGAUACUCGUGGUUCCCGCAGAUUGCUUCUCGUGGGAUGAUCUCUUGCAAAAGGGGAUUAUUCAUGUCAUGUUCGAUCAAGACGUGUCACCUGCUAUGGAUACAUACAUAGAGGGAUUUUAUGACGAGGAAGAGAAAUCAGAAUCUCUUCUUGAGAAUGAUCCAUCUGGUUGGGCAUAUGUCGAGAUGGUUGAUCAUGGUCCACCGGUCCAAACUCGACGUCUUUCCGUGGCUGAUGAUGCGAAUGAAUUGGCGCUUCGGACUCGGAGUAAGGAAGAGAGCCCAGAUGAAAUUACAGGUCACUUGUUUCAUACAUGGUCGGAUUGGACGGGCGUGCUGUGGGAUUGUACUUAUCGCCUCCCGGUCUGUGAUGCAUGCGACAACGAGGAGCCACAUGAACUUUGCGAGCUUGAAAUGUAG